CUUAUCAAAGAUGUAGUGCUCGAGUGAUCGAGCAUUGUUUCCAUAAAACGUAUAAAAGAAGCGACAUCGAAGCGCUAGAGCUAGCUAGUCGUGGAAUUCUGACGCGAAGUGACCCGCGGAAACGAAAUCAAAAAUGGUGGCCCCUGCAUCUCUUGCUCUGAUUUAUCCCACCCUGCUCACGGCGUUGAUGCAGGCCAACUACACGGUUUUUCCAGAUGACAACGGAGUCCCGUACCUGAUCAAGCUUGACGACAGACCUCUAAGUUUGGACGAGAUCAAUGCUUUGUCCAGCGACCUCGAUUCCAUCACUUUCAACCUCUUCACGCGGAGGAACCCAACAAAUGGACACUCCCUGUCAAUGAACAACCCUAACACGGUCUCGCAGAGCAACUGGAACGCGAACAGACCAACAAUCUUGGUCACCCACGGAUGGAAGAGUAACGGAGACUCAAAAUCCUGCACUUUGGUUCGCGAUGCUUAUCUCAAGGCUAUCGACUGCAACGUGAUCGUCAUAGACUGGCGCAAUAUUGCCAAAAACCUGAUCUACUCGCAAGUAGCAAAGAGUGUGCCAUUAGUGGCCCAGCACGUCACAUCGUUCUCCAGUUUCCUGCGUUCGAGGAUGAAUCUGAAAGCAUCUACCACAAAAAUGGUAGGACACUCUCUAGGUGCCCACGUCAUGGGAUUGGCAGCGCGAUCUCUUUCGAAGACUGGUCAAGUCGCGGAAGUUAUAGCUCUGGACCCAGCCAAACCAUUGUUUGAACAGAAAGGUCCUGGCGACAGAGUUGAUCGUUCGGACGCGAAAAAUGUUCAAAUUAUUCACACGUCUGCUGGCAAGUUAGGCAUGGACGGCGCAGUUGGCACCUCAGAUUUCUAUGCUAAUGGAGGCAGUAAACAACCUGGAUGCUCUAGCGACUUGCUCGGUUCCUGUGCUCACGGACGCAGCUACGAGUACUUCAGCGAAUCUAUCACGAAGCCAAGGGGAUUCCCUGGUACUCCAAGGAACGGCGGUGGAAAGAUGUACAUGGGUGGAUCAACCCUUAGCUCUGGUGCUCAUGGCUCCUAUGAUUUCAAAACUGCGGACCAGUCACCUUACGCGCUGGGUGGUUAACAACAUAUUGUAGAUUUACUGUAAUAUAAAUAAUACUUUUGAUAAUUUAA